AUUGCGAGUGACCUCCCUUACAAUGGUGGGUGCUCGCAGUCUGGAGCAGACAGCUGAAAGUCACUUUGACAACAAAUUACAAACACUUGAUCAGAGUGCGACCUCAUUGACACUCUUGACUUUUCAUUAGAACGCCUUCUGACUCAAAAUGGUGGCCUUUAGGUGUUGUGUGAAUCAGAUGCUGAGAUUAACACAUGUGAACAAUCCUGGUAGUGCUGUCAAUGUCAGUCUUUUUGGUGUCUGUUGGCACCGAAUCUUGUGCCGCUCGACUUUUAAGCAAGCAGUUUUCAAAAUGCCUUUAAACCACACCUUCGCUCCUAUGCUUUGCAACAUGUUUUCAAGAUCGUUGUCCACUUUUGUUCGAGAAACCUCACCGAUUAAAAAACAUUUCACUUUUUUUCGAACUGCUUGUCCAUCCGAAUUAAAACAGCGGGGUCUGGGAUACUGCUCUCCUCGAGUGCGUCAUGUCACAACAGCUCCGCACGACAGAAGUCGUAUCAGGAAUCUUCUGAUAGCCACCUAUGUUUCAGGAGCCAUUGGUGCAACCCUUUUGGCUGCCAUAGGAUACAGGGCAUUCGGGCGGUUCAAGAAAAGAGCACGUGGGAUCGAAGAGAUCGACGAACCUUUUUAUGGACGGCGAAAACAAUAUAUUUGUCGAUAUAGAGGCUAUACCCUUCCAUCAUCACUGAUAGAUACCAUAGCAAACGAUGUACCAUGGUUUGAAGUUAGAGAUGAUGAUAUUUGGGUUGUUGGUUUUCCCAAAUCAGGAGCGACUUGGAUGCAGGAAAUUGUGUAUUUAAUAGCUACAGACUUCGAUUAUGAAAGUGCAGGAAGUGCAACAAUUGAAGACCGAUUUCCAUACUUGGAGUAUCCUAUACCAGGAUUAAAAGCUAUCAGUGCCAUGUCAUCACCACGAUUCAUUAAGUCGCAUCUUCCUUUCUCACUUCUUCCCAAGGACUUGACUGAAAAAAAGCCAAAGAUAAUCUACAUAGUUCGGAAUCCAAAAGACACAGCUGUUUCACUGCAUGCCUUUACAAGACUGCAGGGAACAAAACUGAAUGGCACCGUAGAGAACUUUGCUGAGAUGUUUUUGAAAGACCUUGUCAUUUACGGACCAUGGUUGAAGCAUGUUCAAGAGGCCUGGGAACAAAAAAAUGAAGGCAAUGUACUUUUCGUCAGCUACGAGGAUCUUCACAGGGAUUUCAGAGGAACAGCAGGUCAGAUUGCGAAAUUCUUGGGCAAGCCAGCAUCCGAAGCACAGCUGGCUGAGCUGGAGCAGCACGUUUCUUUUCGCAGCAUGCAGAACAACGACAAACUCAACUACAGCUGGUACAAAGGAUUCUGGGACUUUGAGGGGACACAAGAGGGCUUUAUGAGAAAAGGUAAGGUUGGAGACUGGAAGAACCACUUCUCACCAGAACUGGCCAAUCAGUUUGAUGCCAUGACUGCAAAGCUCGAAUCACUUGGUCUCACCUUUGUUGAUGAUCUUCCAGAAAGUGAUGUCAACAAACCAGAGAUUGUUACAGCCUGAACUAUUAGCUCCCUGCAUGUACAAGAACUGCAUGAUUGGUGCUGAGGAUUCUGUAUCUUGCUGUGCACUUGGAUACCAGUUUUAAAAACCUCAAAAGACAACUUGAAAAUUGAGAAAAAUACACAAUAACAGAUUUGUUAUUUCAACAGCAAGAACACUAAAAAGAGAAAAAAAGUCAGAACUUGUC